GGAGGGACUGCUUCUAGAGGCUUCUUCUCCUCCGGUCACAAAGCUACUGCAAUAACUCCAAGCCUUGUUGGAGAAGCUAACUAGAACGUGAACCCACCACUUGACAUCUGUAGGAUGGAUGGCUCAAAAGAGAAGAUCAUCCUGAAUGUUGGAGGCAUCAGACAUGAGACAUACUGCAGCACCCUUCGGACCUUCCCAGGGACCAAGCUGUGCAGGCUCACAGAGCCCCAAGCCAGCACCAUCUACGAUUAUAACCCUGUCACCAAAGAAUUCUUCUUUGACAGGAGUGCUCAACUCUUUGGCUAUGUAUUGAGCUAUUACAGGACCAAACACCUUCAUUGUCCUGCAGACACCUGCAGGUCAAUCUUAGAGGAAGAGCUGGCUUUCUGGGAGUUAAGUGAUGCACAGCUGGCACCCUGCUGUUGGCUGAAGCUGUCCAACAAAGACAGCCAGCCUGAGGAAUUUAAUGUUUGGGAUGAGAAUGAACAUGCGGAUGACCAGUGCCUCAUAGUCCAACUGGAAAGAAGGGAUUUCAGCUGGAGGGCCAGAUGGCAACCAAAGAUAUGGUCGAUCUUUGAAAAGCCCUUUUCCUCUUUAAGUGCCAAGUGCCUGGCCGUUGUUUCUCUGCUGUUCAUCAUUGGAAUAGUCAUCAUAUUCUGUGAGGAGACUAAGGCACAGUAUGAGUACUUUGCUGUUAACUUCACCAUUUUCGGCCAUUCCGAUGUGAUCCAAAGCACCCAUGAGUCUUAUUACCAGCAGGAACCUUACCUGCUCCACUUGGAGGUAUUCUGUGUCCUCUGGUUCACUUUUGAGUUUUCCAUGCGAUUUUUCUUCUGUCCAGACAAAAAAAAAUUCCUCAGAAACCCUCUGAAUGUGGCAGAUUUCCUCUCCCUCUUCCCAGUGUACAUCGAACUCUUCACAGCUGGGCAAAUCCAGAAAAUGCCAAACUUAGCGCUUUGGCUGGGUUUUGUCCGUGUGGUCUACCUCUUCAAACUCCUGAAGAUAUUCAAGCUAAUAGAGACACCUCUGAUCUUGAGAGUCCUGUCCUACACACUCAAGUCCAUCAUCCGAGAGAUUUGCAUCCUGCUGAUGAUCCUGGCCUUUGAAACCCUCUUCUUUGGGUCUCUCUUUUUCUAUGGAGAGUUGUUGGGUGUUCAUCCUUCUUACCGGGGGGAUUUGCACUUCACAGACAUCAUCAUCUGCUUCUGGUGGGCUCUGAUCACACUAACCACUGUGGGCUAUGGUGACAUCAUCCCUCUCACCACUUUUGGACAGGUGAUGGCAGCAUUUGCUGCCAUAUUUGGCAUGUUAACGAUUAUCAUUCCAAUCCCCAUUUUUCUGGUGAAAUUUAAAGGCUAUUAUGCCACGGCCAUAACUAAACAGAAGCUGAAAAUGAGCAAAAAGCAAUAAUGCCAUUGACUUCAGAGCAUUGCUCUCCUGGGAGCACUUCAAAAUUAAUUCUAGUGAGAUUUGUUUCCAUCACUUGGUGAGGAAAAGUGCACUCCUGUGAAAAGCCCAUGCCACAUUCAUUAUGACUGCCCUAUUGAUGUAUUUCUAAUUAAUCGUAGGUACCCAUAUUGGAGUUGUCGUUUUCUAUUUCAGUGGCCAAUGCUCGUUAUGGCUUAUAUCUAACAUCAGCAUACUGACAUUCGGCAUGAGCCAAUUAACACUGGAAUCUCACCUGUCAGAAAAAGAUGAGAAAAUUCAUUUUGGAUUGUUCCAUCAACACACAAGACUUUCCCCGCCAGCAGAAAAAACCCCCAAUGCUGUUCACUGCACAAAGCCAUGGUAAGCGAUUCCCAGCAAACGCAGGGCCAAAGGACUCCCCGGAAAUAUAGAUCAGGAAGCUGCCACGUGCUGACUGAUCUCAACUCUAGUGAUGCCAAUUUAAAGUGAGGCUUAACAGGAAAGUGUCUGAGGUACACAGCCUUGCACUAGCCUUCUGCACAUACUCUAGGCCUGAUAAUUAGCUGGUAUAAAUCAGUGACAUUCCACUGACUUCAAAGGAAAUGCACUUAUCUACACAGUCUAAGGUCUGUAUCCAUGUGAGGCACAAACACCUCAUUUUCCAUAGUUCCCCUCUUUAUGGAGAGAAACAUGUAGCUAAGAUCUAAGGAUCAGAUCUUGUCCCUAUUGUUUGCUCCCAGAGGAAGGUCUUCCCCAUGUGAGGUCUCACCUUGUAUGGAAGGGGGAAAGUCAGCUAUCUCCACCCACUGGACCUCACUGAGAGGCUUUUAUUGAAUCUUGAUAUUGGGGAGGGACUGAAGACUGGGUGAACAGCAUUCCAGCCUGCAUUUAAGCUUCUGCAGGCUGGAAGAAGAGACACACAGGGAUCAGUGUUCCUCCUAAGCAGCACAGCUUCACAGACGAUUAAUCAACCACACCUCUGAUUAAGCAGUCAGAAUCAGGGCUCCAUGCAUGGAGAUGACUAAAUGGGCAGGGCUGAUUAGUCACCUGUAAAGCUGUGCGGGCAUGCAGUUUAGAGGGAAAGCUGCUAGGGAUACACAUAAUCUUCCCAUCAGCCCUGAUACCAGCAGUGGGGAACCUUCCACCCUUAAGAAUGAGCCUGUGAUUACUGCAACUGGAGGAAUUCCUUAUAGUACUUUUUUUUUUUUUUUUUACUAGAGUCCAUUGGCACAGGAUCGGUGUAUGGCAAGGCAGAUGGCAGGGAAUCCAGAAAAUUGGAUGCUGAUACCCUGCCAAAAGGGAUCUGUGUAUCAGUAUGUCCUAUGGAACAUCUUUUCCCUAAGCCUAACCCCACCCCACAUAACCAUGAGUUUCUUCCUUCAUUAAAAUAUGAGAAGACAGGGCAGCAUUUCUUAUGGCCAGUUUGUUCCAGACAAAGGAUGAUGUUCAUUUUUUCUGACUUCCCUGCACAUAGAGGCCAGUGUGAACUAGAGAAUGGAUCUAAAGUCUCUAGUCCUUGUAGUCAAUAUUUUAGUGAUAUCUUUUUCCUUGUAAAAUUCACUUGGCCUGAUUCUGAAUGCCAUACACCACAAUGCCAAUCUGGAGUAAACUCUCUGAAGAGAGGCAGUGACACCAGUGGCAGAAGAAAGACAAAAAACAAAAAAAACAAAACCAAAAAAACAACCACCCACACAACACACACAGUGUGUGAUCAGAAUCAGGCCCAGUAAAUGCACACUGAAUGCACCACCAACUAAGGGAGCCAUCCUAUGGCAAAUUCCCUUGAAUUGCAUGGAGGCUGUAUUCCUAGUGGAAAGAGGUUAUUGAAAUUGCAAAAACAACCUGUUCUAAUCUACUGGGAGGCUGGGUUUUUAUGCAAAGUCCUCUGCUUGGAUAAAAUCCCAGCCACGCUGAAGUCAAGGGGAAGUGUCUAUUGACUUCAAUAAGAUCAGGAUUUCACUUCCAUGUUAAAUAGAUCACCACAUGUUCAACAUGUCAUGAUUAUGUAACCAGAAAAACUCUGCUUUUAAUAAAAACUAAACAGCUCUAUUCCUUCAAUAAAGAAACUAUUAAGUAAAAAAAAAAAAAAAAAAAAAAAAAUUAAACAAGUGGUCCUGUAGCACCUUAAAGACUAACAAAAAAGACCACUCAUUUUUACAGUUUUUUUAAGUUACAGACUAACAUGGCUACCCUGAGUAUUAAAGAAAAUGUAAUGAACAUUAUAUCUGACUAUAGCUAUGGUUAAACUAGAAAGAUAAAACUUACACUUUUGUAAUCAUUAUAUGCCAUCUAUUCCUAUUUUUUUAUUGUAAUAUCCAAUACUGUAUGCUUCUGUUGAGAUAAAGAAAUAAGGUCAGAUGCUGUGGCUAUUUCAGCAAAGAUGGGCAAGUGUGAUUUGCUUAGUGGAAAAUAUAUUUUUAUACUAUUACAUCUAUGGACUUAAUCCUAUUAAAUUCAUAAACUCAUUUAAUGCAUAAACUGUGCCUUUAUGCAAGUGUCUGUUACUAUAUGUCCAUCAGCUAGAUUAUGUUGCAGAGGAUAUGAGUUUAAAUCCUGCUUUAAUUUUAUUACAACUUGUAUUUGUUUUUUGCAUUAAUAGUUACAUAGGAAUUAAUUAUCUCAAAAGAAAAAAGAAUGCCUCAAAAUAUUUUGCAUAUUUUUUAAAAAAGACCCAGGUGAGAAACAAUA